AAUAGAUGGUUUUUGAAUUAGAAUUAUGAGCCAAAUAAGUCGACUUCAAGUGUUAAAGCUGUACAAAGAACUAUUACGAUACGGCGAAGAAUUAACAUUGACCGAUAAAAAUUACUUUACGUCUCGCAUCAAAGGCGAGUUUAAGAAAAACAAGAACCUCGAAGAAGUCGACUCGAUCGACCACAAUUACAAGAAAGGAGUUACGUUGUUGCUCAGAAGAGCAGUGAAGUAAUGAUUCUGUGUAGAAGGUUUGUUCGGGUACCGUUUAACAUCUUAAGACUGAAGCAUACUAUAGACUAUUCCAAAGUUCCGGUUCUGUUGGAGAAGGAUGUCGAGGAAAUGCACGUCAAGGGUAGCGGCCCAGGAGGUCAAAAAGUUAAUAAAACGUCCAGUUGCGUGGUUUUAAAGCAUCUUCCUACAGGUAUUGUUGUUAAAUGCCAGGAAACUAGGUACCUUGAACAAAAUAAGAAAAUAGCCAGGGAGCUGUUACUUACAAAAGUAGAUAAUUUCAUAAAUAGAGAGAAUAGCAUACAAUCUCAACUAGAGUCAAAAGAUGAUAAAAAGAGCCAAAAUAGAGAGAAAAAGCGAGAGAAGCUAAAAACUUUAAAAGAGGCCUGGAAAACUCGUGAAUUCGGUGAUAAAUCAUUGUAAAUUUAGCUACACAUUUUAGGUUAUUAAAAGAUCUAUUAUAAAAUUGUACUAAUUGUAUCUACAUUUUCUUUACAGGAAAAGGAUUUAUUUAGGGCUUAUCACUCACAUAUCUUGUACUGAAUUCAAAAUCAAACGUAGAUAAUUUUGGAGUAAAUAAGUUAGCAAAGAGGAUCGCGGCGGAUGAGCUGCUGUAUAUAUUGUUGUACCGCAAGGGUACUGUCCAUUUCCUCGAAGGGCUCAUCUGGCCAACGACAGAAAUC